AUGAGAACAUCUUCAUAUCUAGAGCAGACACUGUCCUUUGAGCAAAGUCCUGCGACCGAUCAAUACUUCGAAGUCAGGUCAAGCCAUUUGUUUGAGCUUCAGGGAGGAAGCUCAUGCAUUGAAAUCUAUGUUCAACGGCCAAGCCAAGACCAGAGCAUCGAUGAAUGGAAUGUCGUACAAAACUACGACCAAAAGCAGGACUUUGAAUACAAUUCGGAGCCCCCGUCUCCUGUUGAUUGGCACCGCUAUUCAACAAGGGAACAUCCUCCGCACUACGUUGGAUGGCCUGGAUUAGAACGGCAAAAGGUCUCAAAUGCCGAGGAUCUUGAAGAAAUUGCAAGUGUAAGAAAUCCCAGGGUCCUCAUGAGUGUGCUACCUGAUCUGAUGGUCGAAUGA